AGAAGUUUGACUCCUCAUCAGCAGAGGACGCUGCUUUCAUUACUCAGUAACAGAGCUGCUCCAAACUAACGCCUCGUUUCGCGCAAUUUUUAACCAUCUGAUCGUAAAAGUGCUGCUAGUUUCGUUUUCUAAUCUAAAUCUAAAGUAGUUACUUGUAUAAGAAGCUGAGAACGCUUAUAAAGAUCACAAUGGAUGAGGAUGAAGCGAAUAUACAGAGACUGAAGGCUGCUGUGCACUACACAGUUGGAAAACUUUGUGAAAGCACAGCGGCAGAGUGCGAGAAACAGAUAAGUCGACAGGCUAUAGCUGCAAUUGCUGAAACCACGUUUCGACAAUGUGAAAUAUUUGCCAAAGAUCUAGAAGCUUUCGCAAAACAUGCGAAACGACACACAGUCACCACUGAUGACGUCAAACUUUUGGCAAGAAGGAGCACAGCACUGUCAAGCUACAUCGAGCAAAAAAGUGAAGAACUGGCUACAAACAACCAGGAGCUAAAGGAGAAAAGAAAGAAGAAUGCCACCAAGAGAAAAAGCAAAGACAUGGAGGGUAAUGAAGCAGAGGUGCAGACAAUGGAAAAUGAUAACUAAUUAAUGUAGCCAUGGUAAUAUUGUCGAACAGGUCAAAAUUAUGGAUUUUGGACAAUGCAAUAUGACAGACUAUUUUUUUUUUUUGUGAAGAACAGUUGCAUUUUUCCAACAAGUCUUUCAAUGAAUUACUCACAGACAUGCAUCGUUUUUAAAUUUUAUUGUAAUAUAGAACUUCCAAAA